AUUUACAUAAAUGAGCUACAAAUAUAAAAAAAAAUAUCCCAUCUCCCCGACGGGGAAUUGAACCCCGGUCUCCCGCGUGACAGGCGGGGAUACUAACCACUAUACUAUCGAGGAUGUUGAGCUCUAACUGCCAAUAGUUAUAUUUCGGAUUCUUCGGUGUUCUCAUUGCAAAUUAUUGUGCUAAGAAUUUAAGCAAACAUAAAUAACUUAUUUUUGGAAAAUGUCUUAAAUAGCUCAACUUAUCAAAACAAUAAAUAAAAUCAGAGCAAACCACCCAAAUAUUCAAAGGUGUCUGUUUUUUUAUUUGAACCUUCUAAUUUAUCACACUUUCCUCGAAUUAGCAGUCAUUGUUUGCACUCUUUGCCAGAAAUUUCAUUGGGUUUCAAGAGCUUUCUUUUUCUCUGUUGACUUUCCAAUACAUAAACUCGUUAAAUAUGAUAAAGGAACCAAUUCCUGAAGUAGACAUGAUGAUGGUGGCCAAAAAUGCAGAGGCCCAUCGGCGGGGCAUCUUGGGCUUUGCUCCCCGGAUCGGAUUGGUCAAUGUCGACUACGACGAUCUGGACAGGAUCGACAACUUCUAUUUGGAGACCCAGAGGUACCGGGACUAUUACCGCGAUCCGCACAACAUUCUGCACAAGCCGUCGCGUUUUCUGCAACAUCAGGGAAAAUGCGCAAUUAAACUGGACACCAGUGUCCAGAACUUGACCAGGCCGAUCCGUUGGGUCAAGGAGAAAGUGCCUGUGCUCUAUCCUCCUCCAAGGGACACUGACAUGAUGUUGGGCACACCGAUAUCAUCCAGGAUAUUAGGCCACUACAACAAGUCGACUUGCUCAUCUUUUCUUCAUUAGACAAAUUGAAUUUUAUGCGAUGGCAGGCGAACUGAGAUUCUUUGCGAAGUCUUUAUUACCCAUUAAGUUGAAUGCACUUAGUGGUCAGAAAAGGCACUCGCAGAUCAUCUCAGUUUAUCUGUCAACAAAGAUCAGAAAAAUCAAAAGUAAUAGUUGAC